AUGCAAAUACUUCUAAAAAGAGGUAAUAUUUGAUUUUACAAUUGAAUAGGAAAUUAGAAAAUUGAAACAUAAUAAUUAGCAGAUUUUACAAAAGGUGUUGCAUAGAUUAAUGAAACAUUGUCAUUAUAGACCAAUAUUUAUGAAGUGAAUGGAAUUUAUUAAGAGAAAAAGGCAUAAUUAACUGUUGUAAUAAUUACUGAUAAAGGAAAUAAAGCAGCUGGUUAAUGUCAAUUAGAUUUCUCAACAUACUUAAAUUAAAAUAAAUAUGGUAUUUUUAAUGGCAAAAAUAGACAUUAGUGAAUAAUUUCAUUUAGAUAAAUGUCCUGAUAAGCAUGCAAAAAUUUUCACUAAGAUUAAAUUUAUUCAAUUAGGAGAAAUUGAUUUUGAAACAAUUAGUCAAGCAUCCGAAAUCACAGUAGAAUAAGUAACAGAUAAAAAAUAAUAAAUUUUAACUCCUGAUAAAUAAUUAACUGAAAGCACAGCUAAAAAAAACUUUUGUGAAACUAAAUAGAUUACAAAUUCAUGUAUUGAUAAUUCUAAUUCAAAAAUAUAACCAAAAACUCCAUUAGUAAGUGAUAUAGAAUCAGCUAUUAGUUUAUAAAGUUAAUUUCUCACUUAAAAUUAAUUAAAUAAUGAUGAACUCAAUGAAUCAAGAAAAUUAUAUGCUGAAAUAAAAGAUUAAAAUUAUUAGUUAAGCUAAGAAAUUUAAAUGGAAAAAGCAAAAAAAGAAUAAUUAUUAAUCUAAGUCCAUGAUUUAAUAUAAUAAUAAGAUCAAAACCUUAAUAAUAAUUAAUAUCAAGUUUAAAUCUUAUUUUAUGAAAAACAAUUAUCAUAAAUUUAAACUGAAAAUGAAAAUUUAACUUUAUAAAAUAAAAUCUCUUUAGAAAAGCAUAAUAAUUUGAAAGAAGAAUUAAAUACCUUAAAACAAAUAGUUUUGUUUGAGAAAAAUAAAACAAAAUCUUUACAAGACAAACUAAAAGAAAUUUAAGAUAGAGAAUAAUAAAAGGAACUUUUAAAUUCAAAAUUAAAUUCUGAAAUCUAAGAAGCAACAAAGAAGAUGAAAGAGCAAGACAAUUAUAUAACUUAAUUAAAUCAAAAAUUUUUAGAAUUAAAUUAAACAGUAGAUGAAAGUAAUAUUUAAAUUAUUUAACAUAAAGGAAAUACUUUACAAUAUUAAUAAAACACUUAAUUAUUUGAUUAAUAAAGUUAUAGCCAAGGACUUUAAGUCAAUUUAAAGAACUUGAAAUUAGAUUAAUAAGAAAUUGAGGCAUAGCAAUAAAACUAAAUAAAAAUAAACCAAAUUCUAAGUGAACUCAAAGAUAAAGAGGAUAUAAUUAGGAAUCAAGGCUUAAAACUCUAAGAAGAUGAAUAAAUUAUUGAAAAAUAAAGAAACACAAAUUAAGGGUUAUUGAGAAAAAUUUAGGAAGAAUAAUAAAAAUGUGAAUAAUAAAUUGAAUAAAAUAAGAUCUUUCAAACUCAAUUAGAAUUGUAGUAAAACUAAUUUUUAUAGGAAAAGAACGAACUUAAACAGUAAAUAAAUGGUUUAUAGCAAUAAAUGAAAUUAUAUCAAGAAAAGAUUUCUGAAUAAUCUUAAUCUAAAGAGGUAGAAGAUAUUCUAUACUAAAAUAAAUAGUAAAUACAAGAAUAAUAAAUGCGUAUUGAUUAGUAGGAAGAAAAGAUCAAGGCUUAAAUUGAUCAAUGUAAGGAAAGAUUAGAUUAAUAAAAUUAACUACAUAAACUUGAAUUAUAAGAAUUAUAAGACAAAAGUUAAUUAAGAAUUUAAUAAAUGGAAGAGGAGGUAAAAAUUUGGAAGGAAAAUUAGAUCAUAUUAGAAGAAAAAUCUUAAAAUAAUUAAUUCUAAUAAAACUAACUAUAAAAUUUUUAACUAAUUAUAGAAGAACUAAGACUAGAAAAUAAUAAAGUAAUAUAAGAAAAACAAGAAUUAGAAAAUUAUAUAAGAAAUUAAAAAUAAAAUGUUAUAUCUUUAAAUAAAUAGAAUUAGGAAUAAUAAGAAAUGAUUUAACAAAAAUAAAAAUAAAUUGUAGUGUUUUAAGAAAAGAUGAACGAAACGAAUAAUAUAAUCAGUAAGUUAGAAUCAGAAAAUAAAUUAAUUAAAGGCAAUUUAACAAAUGAUUUAUAGGAAUUACAAUAAUAACUUUUUAGUGAGAAUGAUGAAUGGCAAAAGGAAAAAGAAAUUCUAUAAAAAUAGGUUGAAGAGCAUGAAAAUAAUAAAGUGAUAUUGUUUGAACAAUUGAAAGAAAAGGAAUUAUAGUUAUCAAAGAUUUAAGAAUAGAAUUUAGCAUUAAAAAGUUAAAACUAACUGUUAAAUGAAAUAUAACUAAAAGUAUAAGAUUUAGAUAAAGAAAAUAGAAGUAACAAACUUAAAUGGUAACAUUAGGUUGAUGAAAUAAACAAGGAUUAUAAUUUAUAAGUUGAAAAUUUAACAAAACAAGUUGAAAGUUUAGAGUAAUAAAUUUAAGAACAUAAGUAAGAGAAAGAUAAUCUUAAGAGAUUGAUAAUUUAAAAGGAUGAUGAUAUUUAAUUAAGAGAAGAGAAAAAUAAAUUAGAGUUAUAAUCUGUAACUAAAAAUUAUAACAUGAAAAUAAGAGAAAAGGAAGAUAUUAUAGAAUAAAUGAAAGCAGAUAUCUUAUAAUAUUAAUAAAAUGAAUUUGAAUAAUCAAAUUUGAUUAAGUUUUUAGAAAGUGCUAAAGAGAAUUUAGAAAAAUUAUAAAAAGAGAAUUAUGAAUAUACAAAACGAAUAUAGUUGACAAAUGAAAAAUAAUUUGAAUAGAUUAAGGAAUAUGAAUAGAAAAUAAUAUUUUUAAAUGGAGUGAUAAAAGAAUUAGAAUAAAAAAGAGAUUAGUUGGAAAUUGAGAUAUCAAAUUAGUAAUUGAAUAAUUAGCAUACUGUUAUAGAGAAUGAUAUAAAUGAAAAAGUCUAAGAAACUUCAGAUUAAUAAAUUGAAUAAUUGUAAGAGGAAAUUAUAUCUUUAAAAUGUAGAAUAGGAGAUAUGUUAAAUACGGCUUCAGAUAUAGGAGGUUCAAAGUUGGUAGAUAGAUUAUAAUGUGCUUUAGGAAUAAAAGAAUGA